AUGGCGCCCAACGAAGUGUACCAGUUCUCCAUCAUCAGCGCCCUCAUGUCGGGCCUCGCCUCCGCCUCCAGCAGCAUGCCCGUCUCCACGCUCCUCACACACGGCAACUUCGGCCUCGGCACCUUUGAGCAGAUGGACGGCGAGAUGAUCGUCCUGGACUCCGAAGCCUACCAGUUCCACGCCGACGGCAGCACGCACCUUGCCUCCGGCGCGCAGCUCGUGCCCUUCGCCAUGGUCGCCGACUUCCAGCCGGCGCUCGCCAGACCCAUCGCCGUGGCCAGCAAGGGCAGCCUGCUGGCCGAGCUCGAGCAGGCGUUCCCCAGCGCCCGGAACGCGUUCGUGCUGUUCCGGCUGGUGGGCCGGUUCGGGCGCGUCAAGGUGCGGGCGAUCCACAAGCAGGCGUACGAGGGGCAGCCGCUGGCGGAGCUGGCGGAGGGGCAGGCGGUGCGGGAGUUUGUCCGGGUGGAGGGGACGGUGGUGGGCAUUCGGAGUCCGGGGUGGAGCGAGGGCGUGAGCGUCGUGGGCGUGCAUGCGCACUUCAUCGACGUCGGCAGGCGUUUCGGGGGGCAUAUUCUGGAGCUGGAGGGCGACGGCGAGGUGGGCUUCGAGGGGGUGGUUGCCGAGCGGUUCCAUGUGGAGGUGCCUGGAAGCACGGAGUUUGGGGAGCGGGAGCUGGAUCUGGAUCGGGCUGCUAUUCAGAAGGCGGAGGGGUGA